AGAGGCGAGGAAGUGCCGGUUGGUGGCUGUUGCUCCGCAGUGAGCGAGAAGAGAGCGAGCGAGGCGCGCGAGGAACCGCGUCGCAGCAACAGCCGCAGCCGACAGCAGCGCCCGCCCGACAGGCACCGCCGCCACAGCAGCGGGCAAGGGGUGGGGGGAGAGAGGAAGAAAGGGGACCGCACCCGGCGCAGCCAUGUCUGUGGUGGGCAUCGACCUGGGCUUCCAGAACUGCUACAUCGCGGUGGCGAGGAGCGGCGGCAUCGAGACCAUCGCCAACGAGUACAGCGACCGCUGCACCCCAGCUUGUAUAUCACUAGGAGCUAAAGCCCGGACUAUUGGAAAUGCAGCAAAGAGCCAGAUUGUCACAAAUAUUAAGAAUACAUUGCAUGGGUUCAAAAAACUGCAUGGGAGAGCAUUUGAUGAUCCUUUUAUAAAAGCUGAAAGAGCCAAACUGCCCUAUGAGCUUCAGAAGUUGCCUAAUGGGAGUGUUGGAGUAAAGGUACGAUACUUGGAUGAGGAGAGACCCUUUGCAAUUGAACAGGUUACAGGCAUGCUCUUGGUUAAGCUUAAAGAUACGGCAGAAAAUGCACUUAAGAAACCUGUAGCAGAUUGUGUAAUUUCAAUCCCAAGUUUCUUUACUGAUGCUGAAAGAAGGUCAGUAAUGGCAGCUGCGCAAGUAGCAGGUUUAAACUGCCUGAGGUUAAUGAAUGAAACUACAGCAGUUGCACUGGCCUAUGGAAUUUAUAAACAGGAUCUACCAACCCCAGAGGAGAGACCAAGGAAUGUGGUUUUUGUUGAUAUGGGACACUCUGCAUACCAAAUUUCUGUUUGUGCUUUUAACAAAGGAAAAUUAAAGGUACUGGCUGCUACAUUUGACCCAUUUUUGGGCGGUAGAAACUUUGAUGAGGCUUUGGUAGAUUACUUCUGUGAGGAGUUCAGAUCAAAGUAUAAACUAAACGUGAAGGACAAUCCUCGAGCACUGCUGCGUCUGUAUCAGGAAUGUGAAAAACUGAAGAAGCUUAUGAGUGCCAAUGCCUCUGAUCUUCCCAUGAACAUAGAAUGCUUCAUGAAUGACAUUGAUGUCUCUAGUAAGAUGAACAGAGCUCAGUUUGAACAGUUGUGUGCAUCGCUUCUGGCCAGAGUAGAACCUCCUUUGAGAGCAGUGAUGGAACAAGCAAAACUGCAGCGUGAAGAUAUUUACAGUAUAGAAAUAGUAGGUGGAGCAACUCGAAUUCCAGCAGUGAAGGAGCAGAUUUGUAAAUUUUUCUGCAAAGAGAUAAGUACCACACUUAAUGCAGAUGAAGCUGUUGCAAGAGGCUGUGCAUUGCAGUGUGCAAUUCUUUCUCCAGCAUUUAAAGUCCGUGAGUUUUCCAUCACAGAUGUUGUUCCGUACUCAAUUACUCUGAGGUGGCAGUCAUCUUAUGAGGAAGGGACAGGUGAAUGUGAAGUGUUCAGCAAAAACCACGCUGCUCCAUUCUCAAAAGUUAUUACAUUCCACAAGAAGGAGCCUUUUGAGCUGGAAGCAUUUUACACCCAUCCACAUGACAUUCCUUAUCCUGAUACAAGAAUAGGUCAUUUUGUUAUUCAGAACGUUGGACCCCAACAUGAUGGUGACAAUUCAAAAGUGAAAGUUAAAGUUCGAGUUAACGUCCAUGGUAUCUUCAGUGUGGCUACUGCAUCUGUAAUAGAGAAGCAACAGGCAGAAGGUGAUCCAAGCGAUAUUGCUAUGGACACAGAAUUGCCUUGCAAGAAUCCAAGCAAAGAGGAGCUGGCUAAAAUGCAAGUUGAUCAAGAUGAUGGCAAUCACAAGAACCAACAUGAGCAGCAUAAUCAAGGCGAUGAGGAAGUUGAUCAUAUAGGCUGUGAAGGAAAGACUGCUUCAGGAGACAAGAUUGACACAGCUCAGUCUGGCAAAACUAAAGCAAAGAUCAAGAGUAUUGAUCUACCUAUCCAGGUUAACCUAUACAGACAGGUGGGACAGGACGUUAUUAACUGCUACAUUGAAAAUGAGGGGAAGAUGGUAAUGCAAGACAAGCUGGAGAAGGAGAAAAAUGAUGCCAAAAAUGCUGUUGAAGAGUAUGUGUAUGAUCUAAGAGACAAGCUCUGUGGUGUCUAUGAAAAAUUCAUCACUGAAGAUGAUUCAAGAAAGAUAACUUUAAUGUUGGAGGACACAGAAAACUGGCUUUAUGAAGAUGGAGAAGACCAACCAAAACAUGUAUAUGUGGAAAAACUUCAGGAAAUGAAAAAAUUUGGUGGUCCUAUUCAUGAUAGAUACAUGGAACAUGAAGAGAGGCCUAAAGCGUUAAAUGAUUUGGGAAAGAAACUCCAGCUGCUUAUGAAAGCUGUAGAAGGAUACAAAAAUAAGGAUGAAAAAUACGAUCACAUUGAUCCUGUUGAUAUGGAAAAAGUUGAAAAGUAUACCAGUGAAGCAAUGAAUUGGUUGAACUCAAAAAUGAAUGCACAGAACAGGCUUAGUCUCACGCAGGAUCCUGUUGUGAAGGUGGCAGAAAUAAUAGCAAAGUCUAAGGAACUGGACAGUUUAUGUAACCCUAUUAUUUACAAGCCUAAGCCCAAGGCAGAGCCACUGUCUGAAGAUCAGUCAAAAUCUAGUGAACACAAUGGACCAAUGAAUGGACAGAGUGGUGCUGACACAAAAUCAGAGGACAGUUGCCAGCAGCCUAAGUCAUCUGAAGAAAUGGAUGUGGACUAAGUUUUGCAUUUCUUUCAGUCCAUUAAAAACAGUGCAAGUAAUCAGAGGGUCCAUCUUUCUUUUAUGUCUGAUUCACACUACAGAUGUUCAGUUAGUCAAAUUUCUGUCCUUUGUUCUUUGCAGUAGGUUUGAAAGUGUUUUUCUAUUUGAGUGCAUUCCCAUUGUUCAUUCCAUUGAUACCGCUUAUGUGGAGCGUUAGUUGAAUGUAGAUUGUAAAAGUCAGUUUAAGCUUUCCCGAUAUAUUUUAUAUCAAAUAGGCAGAAUUGCUAUAUAAAUGACAACAAUCUACCUUAUUUAAAGCUUUUAUUGUGGGUAAGCCUCUGCUCCUUUAUUCAGGAAAGGCCACUGUAUUGCACUACUGAUGCUGAAGUCUAGAUCGUUGCAUCUUUAUUUUGGAAGAUAUUGGAUUUGAUGUGGCUUAAAUAUUGCCACUUGAAGCACUGACCUUUUUCUAGUUGUUGUACUGUUCUAAUUUAAAUAUUAAAAUAGAGGUUAGCUGGCAAAUUAGUUAAUCUUGUUGAUGUACCAUGAAAACUGUAAGAACUUGUAGACAAAACAUCCAAGGCUUGACAGGAGCUCAUACCAGCAGCAUUCUUUGUCAUAAGCCUUAGCAACAUGACUCAAAAUAAAGCUCAUGGUCUCCGUGUACACACAAUCCUAUAUAUCAUAUUCUGUGUUGAUGCUGAGGACACUGUUUAAAGUUGUAAUAGAAACGUUAGUGAAAGUUUGAAGGCCAUAACUGGGGACUCACUCAUGUUUUCAUUUCUAUUAAUUACCUCCAAACUUGCUAAUUUAGCUUAAUUUUGAAUGCUGCCUAUGCAUGUUCUUUAAAUAUGUCCUCCUCAGAAUUAAAGGUGGAAAAUACACACACAUUAACUGGUAAUUGAUCUCUGUCAGUGUUCCUUACUUCUACCAUUUCUCUUGGCCAAAUUAUCUUCUAUUUUUGUUUCUGUUUAGAAAAGGAACACAACAAAAGUCACAAAAAUCUGUCAGCAAUGGUCCCAAGCAUCCUUUGGCAUCCAUAAAAAACUCAACCCAAAGAUACAUUCAUGCAACUAAUGUUCCAAAUUUGCAUUGCUUUAAACUUGCUUCUACUAUUACAGUUUUAAAGUAACCCAGUUUUUGGCUUAAAUGUUGCCUUUGUUACAUUCUAUUUUUCCACAACUACUAUGCAAGUUCUAUUACAGUUUGUUUCAAGUUAUUCAGUCAUUUCUUGUGGUUUUUUGUGCACCAGGUUCCGUGCAGGAAGGUUCUCCACUCUGUUUUGUAUUUUUCCCCCAAAUCUCAGAUUUUAACAGAUUACAGUGAUGAGUAUUGUAGGCAGAAUUUCUUUUAGUUGUACAAUGUACAUCUCCAUAAUGUUACUAAAUGUUUUACCAUUCUCUAGGUUUACUGUGGUACUAAUCCAAAGUGAUUGCAGGGUGAUAGGCAGACUUCACAAAAAAGAGUCCUUUUUGGAUUGCUAUCAAAGUUCUCUGUCCAGGAUUUGACAGGCUUUUUCUGAGGCAGAUGCUUUGACUUUGGUUGACUUUACCAGACAUUCCUGUACUGGACUUCAUUUUUCAGGCUUUUAACCAGCUUUCUUCAGGGCAGAAAGAAGGAUAUGUUGCUGCUUAAGCCAUUUUCUGAUCUUCACUUGGGACCAUGAGGUUGGACGUGUGGAAUCCUAGCUUUCUUGUACACUCCUUUUUGCAACUUUCACACCAAUAGGUUGAUUUUGGGAUGGCUUUGAAACAGGACAGUGAAUACCAGAGAUCUUCAUCUGGCCUGUUUAGAAGUACCAGAACAAUGCAAGAAAAAGGGGGUUUGUUUGCUUGUUUUAAACACUCUUAAAAUUUGCAGCCUUUACUGAGUAUGGUGAGGAGGCUUAGCACCCAAGUGUACCACACCCCUUUCAGAUGCCUCAGCAAACUAAUCCACCUACUGCCAUCUUAAUAAUGAGUGGCAGAUGUUUUCUCUUUGUUUCCAAUAACAAGAGCUCAUGCAAGUGGAAUUCCUUGUUAACUGGAAGAAGCCAGUUGAAAUUACUCAACAUUUAGGGGCAAUUGUGGAUUCUAUCUUUCAAGACAUUGGUACUGAAUAAUAAACAGGGUUGGGUGGGAGAAGAAGGCUGGGGUCAUUCAGUAUUCAGUCUUCCAUGGAUUAGGAUCAUUUCUUGAGCUUGGGUCUGUAGUGGAUUUCCUAGCUCCUUGCCAAGAGAUGCUUGCGGAAAACUUAGUGCUUACCCCAUUUUAUGCCAAUCUGCCAUCUAGAUAAAAUGCUUGUUUUUUAAAAAAAAUGUGAAGGGAAUAAUAAAAUUUAUUAUUGUGUUAGGCUUUGUACACUGGUGGGUACUUGGAAGCCUGCUUUAUUGGCGAAGAUUAGGAGUCACUUUAUCCUAUUUGCCCCUGCCAUAAGUCUGUCUUACUAUGCCAUUGGAGCAUAACCCAAUUUUACAGUGUUUGAUAGAUACCGUAACUCAAAGGAAGUCAAAUCACAGAUAAGCAGCCGAUUACAGUUUUUAUGACCAAUACGUAGGAUAAUGGAUUAUGCAAAUUUGCUACAUUCUUUUGACCUGUAUUUUUCUCUUAUAUGUGGAACUAGUGAUGUCCUUGCAGUCAGUUUAGCACAGGCUUUCAUGGGAUGAGGCCAUUCCUUUCAGACUUCCAGCUGCUUCAUUGUGAGGUAAACUCUUCAUGUGCAUAUUCUGAAUUCAGCUUCUGGCAUGUCACACUGACUUUAUGAUGACUUACUCUAAACAAAUGAAUUCUGGGUACUAAAGUGAUUAUUGGUUACAGAAAGCUGUGUAUAAAAUGUCCAAACUAGAAUAUUGAUGUGGGGAAGUAUGGCAGAAAAGAAAGGUUUGUUGCAGCAUUAGAAACCCCCUGCUCAUAUCUUCAGGAAUGAAGCAUGGUUCCCACCAAAUUAUUUAAGGAAAGGUUGCUCAGAUGAGAAAGGAGGUUGUACACUUUUGCAACUGUUCUUUAUCCCAUGAUUUUUUGCAGAAAUAUAUUCCUGUUGUGAAAUGGUACAGAGAUGGAACCUUGUUUGUAUUAAUAGUAAUCCAGCAGUGUAGGCAUAUAGAGUUUGCCCAGAAUUCGUUCAAAAAAGUUUCUAAGCUGGCCUACCAGGGGUUUCCCCACUUCCCCCCACUUUAUCAUCAAAGUAGCUUGAGUGCUUUGCAGGGGAAGCUGCUAAAUCAAAAUCAGCCUAUUAAACUUUGAUAUACAUGUAAAGCCUCUUGGUGAACAUGGACUCUUUUUCGGGUAGAAAUGCUAGAUUUUUCAAUGCAUCUGUUUACAUUUUACAGCAUGGGUUUAGCUUUAUACACCUUUCUGUUUCUAAGUGAACAUUAUUUCUAAGUUGCAGGCUAUAUGUAGUAAAAGCACUGUUCACACCUUUGGCUUAUGUUUAGCAUUUUGAGUAAUUUUAAAGUACGUUUUACGAGUUAAUAUACUAGACCAGGCACCCCCAAACUCUGCCCUCCAGCUGUUUUGGGACUACAGUUCCCAUCAUCCCUGACCACUGGUCCUGUUAGCUAGGGAUGAUGGGAGUUGUAGUCCCAAAACAUCUGGAGGGCCAAGUUUGGGGAUGCCUGUACUAGACCAUGGACUGAUUGAUACAGUAUGUACCCUAAGUCACAAUGAUAUGUUAACUGGUGCUAAAACUUAUGAGGCACAGUAUCACAUGAUCUGUAGAGCUAAGUAUCUUCUUACAAACAUUCUUUAAGAAUGGAUUUGGCCUCUCCAGUUUAGGCUUAAUAGAGGAUAGUGCCAGUUUUACUGGAAAGCAUGAGAUUAUUUUCUUGAACUUGUUUAGAAUCAUCAGGAAUUAUAAUUUCACUCCAUAUGUCAUGUCCUUCUGCAUUGAUGCCUGCUCAUGUUAACUGGUUAUUCCUUCAUCUUCCAUGACCCUUACCUCAAAAAAAUGGAACCCACCAUUUAAAUCUGGGCUGGGAAGCUGUGGUCCUCCAGAUGUUAGACUCCAAUUAGCUCUAGCCAGCAUGGCUAAUGAUCAGGGAUGAUGGGAGCUGUAGUCCAACAAGAUCUGAAGGGCCACGGAUUACCCGGCCAUGAUUUAAGCCAGGCAUAGGCAAACUCCAGCCCUUCAGAUGUUUGGGACUACAAUUGCCGUCAUCCCUGACCACUGGUCCUGUUAGCUAGAGAUGAUGGGAAUUGUAGUCCCAAACAUCUGGAGGGCCGGAGUUUGCCUAUGCCUGAUUUAAGUGGCUAGUUUCUCACUUAAAUUUGGUGUAAUUUUAAAAUGGCUACAAUUAUAAGCAUUUAUUUAACUGAGUCAGAAUGCAGGCCUUGGUACUAAAAAAAUAAAUAAAGAAUCGGCUGGGUGCCUGGAUUCAAAGUGCAGGGCUGAAUGAACUCUCCAGCAGGAGAGAGCCCCCAGUAGCUGAGUUAAAACUCACAAAAGUCAAAUAGUACUAUAGCAUGGGAAUAUAGGCUGUUAAACCAAUUUCAUAACCCAUUUAGUUGCAUGCAUCACUCCUCUUUUUACCCCUCUGGCAAUGAACAAACCACACACUGUUAGUUUAAAAAGCUUUACUUACAAAAUGUUCCAAAAGUCAGAUUCAUGCAUUUAUGUAAGCAGCAGCAAGGAGAAGACAGAAUACUAUUGGGUAG